UAUCACUAAAUAUGAGCGGGGGAAAAUCGAAUAUUCCAUCUCUGGAUAAAGAAUGGUGCAAAAAUUUGUGUGAAAACAAACCCAACUGCUUUUAUUUGAGAAAAUAUCUUUAAAAGAGUGCUUUCGUUUCGCUUUUAACACUGAUAGUUAAUUGCGUAUAUAUUCUGGAGUCCAUUUUACUUUUAUUACGAAAGUUCUCACCGGAAGCGGUCUUUCAUUUGGCUUGCCCAUUUGACAAUGCGUAUUUGUUUGCGGGUUUCGCAUUAUAAACAACGACCCAGCUUCUGAAAACAUCGGACAAUGACAUCCGACGGUGGAAUUCAGAUACCGAGCCGUCUGCCACUGCUGCUGACCCAUGAAGGGGUACUCCUCCCCGGCUCAACCGUCAGGUUCAGCGUGGAUUCUCCGCGGAACAUGCAUCUGGUUAGCCAGCGGCUGUUGAGGGGAACUUCGCUGAAAAGCACAAUCAUUGGAGUGAUUCCCAACACUAGAGAUCCUGAGCACCUCACCGACGACCUACCCACGUUGCACAAAAUUGGUACAGCGGGGAUAGCAGUGCAGGUAGUGGGCAGCAACUGGCCAAAACCCCACUACACCCUCCUCAUUACUGGACUGUGUCGCUUUAGUGUGUCAAGUCUGCUUAAGGAGCGACCCUUUGUUCUGGCAGAGGUGGAACAGCUGGACAAACUGGACCAGUAUACGACCCCAGCAGCAGGUGUCACAGCAGAAGAUGGAGAGCUGGGGGAGUUGUCCACGAAGUUCUACCAGGCUGCUGUACAGUUAUUAGGUAUGUUGGACAUGUCUGUUCCAGUGGUGGCUAAGUUCAGACGUCUCUUGGACAGUCUGCCCAGGGAAACUCUACCUGAUGUGGUAGCCUCCAUGAUUCGCACCUCAAACAAGGAGAAACUACAGGUCCUGGAUGCGGUGAGCUUGGAGGAGCGAUUUAAAAAAGCUCUUCCCAUGUUGACCAGACAGAUAGAGGGGCUAAAACUGCUGCAGAAAACCAGGAAACGAAGUCCUGAUAAUGAGAAGAGGGUUUUAUCGGUGCGUAAAGGUGGAGUGUUUCCAGGUCAGCAGUUCAGCCUGGAUGGCGAAGAUGAAGAUGAGGAUGGCGAUGACAUUAUAGCUUUGGAGAGAAAGGUGCACGGCGCAAACAUGCCUGAUGCGGCGCUCAGAGUUUGCCUCAAAGAACUCAAGAGAUUGAAGAAGAUGCCUCAGUCCAUGCCUGAGUAUGCCCUGACCAGAAACUACUUGGAUCUAAUGGUAGAAUUACCAUGGAGCAAAAACACCAAAGACUGCCUAGACAUCCAAGCAGCCCGUACUCUAUUGGACAGUGAUCACUAUGCCCUGGACAAGCUGAAGAGACGUGUGCUGGAAUACCUGGCUGUCAGACAGCUGAAGCCUUCACUGAAGGGCCCCAUCCUCUGCUUUGUAGGGCCCCCAGGAGUCGGUAAGACCAGCGUGGGACGCUCCAUAGCCAGAACGUUGGGCAGAGAGUUUCACCGCAUUGCUUUGGGAGGCGUCUGUGACCAGUCUGACAUCCGAGGACACAGACGUACAUAUGUUGGCAGCAUGCCUGGCCGAAUCAUCAACGGUUUGAAGACAGUCGGCGUAAAUAAUCCUGUGUUCCUCCUGGACGAGGUGGACAAGCUUGGGAAGAGCCUCCAAGGAGACCCUGCAGCUGCACUGCUAGAGGUCCUGGACCCAGAGCAGAACCACAGUUUCACAGACCAUUACCUCAAUGUGGCCUUUGACCUCUCCCAGGUGCUCUUUAUUGCUACAGCGAACACCACAGCGACCAUUCCCCCGGCCCUGCUGGACAGGAUGGAGGUGCUGCAGGUACCAGGAUACACUCAGGAGGAGAGGGUGGAGAUUGCCCACCGUCACCUGAUCCCAAACCAGCUGGAGCAGCAUGGAUUAACACCUCAACAGCUGCAUAUACCACAGAAUACCACCCAGGAUAUAAUCAGCAGGUAUACCCGCGAGGCAGGUGUGCGCUCUCUUGAGAGGAAGAUCGGGGCAAUCUGCCGAGCAGUGGCUGUGAAGGUCGCUGAAAGUCACCAAGUCACCAAGACAGAGGCUUUGGCCCCUGAGUGCCCAACACAACAAAGAGGCAAGGCAGAUCCACCUGAGAUGCCCAUAGUGAUUGACCACAUCGCCCUGAAAGACAUCCUGGGACCUCCGCUGUUUGAAAUGGAGGUGUCUGAGCGGCUCACCCUCCCUGGUGUGGCUCUGGGCCUGGCCUGGUCUCCCCUUGGUGGGGAGAUCAUGUUUGUGGAGGCCAGUCGUAUGGAAGGAGAUGGUCAGCUCACUCUGACAGGCCAGCUGGGAGACGUUAUGAAAGAGUCAGCCCAUCUGGCUAUCAGCUGGCUCAGAACAAACGCUAAAAUGUACCAGCUCACCAACAGUGAGUUCACACAGAUGUAUACUUGGUGGGGGGGGGGGGAUCCGCUAGAAGGGACAGAUAUCCACCUCCACUUUCCAGCCGGAGCUGUCACCAAGGACGGCCCCUCUGCAGGAGUUACCAUAGUAACCUGCCUAGCCUCGCUGUUCAGUGGCCGAUUGGUCAGAUCAGACGUUGCCAUGACAGGAGAGAUCACGCUUAGAGGGUUGGUGCUGCCGGUGGGUGGGAUCAAGGACAAGGUCCUGGCAGCCCACAGGGCAGGAGUGAAGCGCGUCAUCCUGCCUAAACGUAACGAGAAAGAUCUGGAGGAGCUCCCAGCCAACGUCCGAGCCGACCUUGACUUUGUCACUGCCCGAACCCUUGACGAAGUGCUGAACACCGCCUUUGAUGGCGGGUUUCCGGGCACAUCCAGCACCCACACACACCCUCAGCUGAACAGCAAACUGUAACGCACUGAUGAAAAUACACACAUGCACACACACACAGAUAAUGGGAGGUGAGGAAAAGUGUUUCUGAAUAGUCCUAACGGAGCAGAGUCUUUCGUGUUUCAGCUUGGUCAUCUGCAGUCUAGUAAUCAGUUUUCCCUGAUACUCAGUUGCAGUUAAUACGAGUGCACAGCUGUAAUUGAUCUUUAACCUUCUUUAAAGUUUGAGCUUGAGAUUUUCAUUUUUAAAGGAUUAAGACAUUUAAGAGAUAAUUUGAGGUUAAGUCAAAACCUGGAGGAGAAUUUAGUUUACAUGGAUAAUUAUGUGAAGUUAUAAUGGUACAACAUUUGUUAAUCACACAUUAGCACAGUCUGACCAUUCACAGCCAACCAGAUUCAGUUAACAUCAUUACUAAAGUUAAUGCUUUUUGAAGUUGGCUCCUCUUUUCUUGGAUAUUUACAUCGUAUUAAUAGCACUGCUUUAGCCAAGGCAAGCGGACAGGAGUUCAUGAAGGCCGCAACACAGUGGCAAGCAGUUAAUGAUGAAGUUUGUUACAGUUUGUGCUGAAAAGAUCAAAUCAGUCUGCUUAGAUGGUUAGCUGUGUUCAGGUAGUCUGGAGACCUGUAGCCUGUUUGAAUGAUUGAGUUUAAUCACACACUGUAAUCCAGUGCAGCUUGGCAUCAGCUAUGGUGGAUAUUUUUCUUUUGGAACUGCAGAUUUUGUAGUGUAUUACCUGUGCUUUAGAACAACCAACAAUAAAGGACUGCAGUUAGUUUGAUCAUACAGUAUGUAUCAGAUCCCAUACUGAGGACCUGCCUGCAUGAGGUGUGGAAAUAGUUUGACUACCAAAAUAUUCUUCUGUGACAGAAUGUUAACCCAAAUGCCAUUUUUGCAGUACACAAUGAAUCACACCCAUUUAAUGUCUGGAAUUCUAUGCAUUUGUGUGCCAGGCUCACAUAGAGGACGUGAUAAAAUGUAUACUUUAAUAAAUAAUAUGAAAGAUUAGAGAUGUAAUAUAUAUAACAUUUCUGUAUUAAAAUAUCUAAAAACAA